AUGGUUAUUGAAAGGUUCAAGGAGAUAAGAAACAAGAUAUACGACAAUAUACACAUGGUCACAGAAAAUGACAUGAGGUUUAUGAGGGAUGCAUUGUGUGCAAGCGAAAUGGAGUACGGGCGCAUAAAGACAUACUCUGCAGAUGAUAGCAAGGCUCUUGCGCUGUACACGCUGAAGUACAAUGUGGUGGUUCUGCUAGACUUUGUAUGCAGAAACAAGAUCGGCCUGGGCGCAGAUGUGUGCAUGGCUAUAUGCGAUCUGCUAUUUGAAGACAUUCCGGUGGUGACGCCUGAGUGCAGUCUGGAGAUCGAAGAUAUCAAGAUGAGGAUUGAUGAAGCAAUUGUGGAUAUCCUGUGCAUGGUUGGUGAUGGCAUUCAUGUUGAGAAGAUCAGACGGCGUUUGAGCGAACAGGAGAUUCCAGACAGAGUCACAGUGAAUCUUGCCGUGGUAUUUGAGACAUCAGCAUGGAAGUCGUAUGAUCUGCGUGUUAUUCAUGAGUUUGUACUUGGGCCUGUUCUACUGGAGUUACUCAGGAGCUUCAAAGAGGCACUUCGUCCGCAAAUCAGAGAGAAGAUAAUCAACAUAUGCAAAGAAAAGCUAAGGGAAGGAAGAGAUAGGGUGGUGAUAUAUCAGAUAUUCUAUGAGUUGAAUGAGAAGAAGGAUCUGGAGUUGCUGGAUAUUGAUGAAGAGGACAAGGAAGAAUCUUAUGUUGGAUUUGUAUAUUCACUGAUGGUUGAUGAAGAAAGCUAUGUGAAGGGAUACGAGGUACUGUCGAAGGCAGGGCUGUUCAAUGACCUGCGGAAAGCUCUUGAGAUGAUAAAUUCGCUCAGCCAGGCGGAAUACAGGAAGGUCAGGCCUGAAGACGAGAAGCUGAUACAUCAUCUUAUGGAGGUGAUAGUGAAGCUGAUGAUGUUCAGGGACCGUGAUCUUGAGCAUGUCAGACUGUAUUUCAUGAGGUUCAUUGAGGUGUUUCUGAAUACUCUUGUGGGGCAGAUAUCGCUCAAGAUCAAGGGGUGCAUAUAUGAGAUUCUUUCGUCAUUUAUGAGGGACGAGGAGUGCAGAGAAACGAUAGUUGAGUUUAUGAAGGGAGUUGAGAUAUUCAACAAGGAAGGCGUGCCUUUGGAUUUUGAGAGAGAGCUUGGCUGCCGAGUGUUUGAGAUGACGCCCAGCUUUCUUAGGUUCUGUGUGUUUUAUGGAGGGAAUGACUCUGUAAUGUUUGCAAUCAAUGCGCUUAAGAGCGAGGAUCCUCUGACAAUUGUGCGGUGCUUUGAUGUACUUGAAAGGUUUUACGAGAAAAGAGCGAUGGCAGAAAAUAGAAUCGGCAGCGACUGUGUGAGCUCGCGACUCUCACUGAUGUCUCAGCACAUCAGAGUUGCAAUGCUUAACAAUCCGCAAGUUACAAAUAGAGUAGUGGAAUUUCAACUGAACACUGGGAUAGUGAUAAGCGAUGUGCAGAUCAUCAAUGUGAUUCUAUCAACACCGAAUGCAAGGUUUUUCAAGUAUGCAAGGCUGUUUGCAGAUUUUUCGUUUUUUAUGAAUGAGAACUUUCUGGAAAGACUUGCCGAGGACGACAUCGAGGGAUUCAGAUAUCUGCAUGAAGUAACAAGGGAGAACCACGAAGCAUGUAAGUUUGUGAUGAAUAACGAGAGCUGGUUCAAUGCAUAUGUAAAUGAAAAUGCAGGUGUGAGGGAGAUUGCAAUACAGAUCUACGAGAAUCUGGUUGAUUACGAUAUUGAGAAUGUCGAGGUUGGGUUUGGAAAAGGAUUUGUUGUUCCUGAUGUAGGCCAUCCUGCUGUUUUCAGGGUUUUGUCGAAGAUGAUUCUGUAUUCUGUGUAUUCAAGAAAAAGCCCGUAUAGUGAUUACAUCACGGAUAAGGACUAUGUGCUGGACAAAUCGAACAUUGAUGAAUACUGCACGUACAUCAAGUGCAGGAUUGUUGUUGGCGACAAUGUUGAGGAGCGAAUAAGGCAUUUGAUGAUGCAAUACACGGGGAUUGAUGAGCUAUUUGGAUAUUACGAGGUAUUUUCUGGAACAACGUUGAGCAUUCCAUCAUCUAAGAGCCUGUUGCUUAAUAUUGGAAAGAAGAGCACAGAGAUGUUUAUAAGCAUGUUUGAGACAUCGAAUAAUUUUGAGAAAUUCCUGCUGUUUUUUGUGCUUGGAGACAUUUCCAUAGAGAACAGCAAGGCUGUGGAAAGAAUCAUUAGAAACACAGUGACACAGAUUGUGGUAUCCAAGUCAUCUGAUCCAUCUGAAAAGAUGAUUCUCAGACAGUGCCUUGUCACACUACUGUCUCUCAAUAGCAUAGACUCGAUCGUCAGAUUGCUGAAUGAAUAUGAAGAUGUUGACCUGCUCCUGAAAGUCUGUAUAAGGAACUUGUUAUGCGGAGGCUCAUACUUUCCGAACUCCGCUGUGAUGAAAGGCUCUUUAGAACUGCAGGUCUACGCAGUAUUUAUGCUGCAUUACCAAUCUGUAUGGGACCUGUCUGCACUGAAAGACUGGAUUGUUUACCUUCGGAGAGAAUGCAAGGACAAUCCGCACCUUGAGUAUCUAGUAAAUGACAUCAAGAGUAAAAAUGCUAGAAUAGGGAUUGAGUAA